AUGGCUCUUCGCGGCCAGGUGACGCCCUUCGGGCCAUACGGUGGCCUGACCUGGGACUUCCUGCGCCGGGAUCGCCAAGAAGAGACUCCCGAGCGCCUGGAAGCCCUGGGAGCAGCGUCUGGUGCUGCAGACGUCGAGUAUGAGCAGUUUAUGAAAACCAAGGAGGUGCAGAGGGCUAUGUUCCAACAAGAGAACAAGACUAUCGUGCACCAGUGCGCGGACACGGACAUCAUCGAAGCCGCAGUGGGUUCGGUGGCGUGCAUCGACGGCAAUCAGGCAGCAGCUCACGUGGCCUAUGCCCUCAGUGACUGUGCCUUCAUCUACCCCAUCACGCCAUCGUCUCCCAUGGGCGAGAUGGUGGACGAAUGGGCCGCGCAAGGCCUCAUCAACUGCUACGGCCAAAAGCUCAGUGUGACGGAGAUGCAGAGCGAGGCAGGUGCUGCUGGAGCCCUGCACGGAUCUCUCAAAGCUGGCGCCCUGAGCACCACCUUCACGGCGAGUCAGGGUCUGUUGCUGAUGAUCCCGAACAUGUACAAGAUUGCGGGCGAGCUGCUGCCCUGCGUGAUGCAUGUGGCGGCUCGGGCCUUGGCUGGCCAGGCGUUGUCUAUCUUCGGAGACCACAGCGACGUGAUGGCAUGCCGGGCCACUGGCUGGGCCAUGCUUGCUUCGGAGUCUGUGGAGAUGGCACAGGUCAACGGCCUUGUGGCGCAUCUCGUGUCCAUGGAGCGCCGCGUGCCUGUGCAGCACUUCUUCGACGGUUUCCGCACCAGCCACGAGGUGAACAAGGUGAAGCUCAUCGAUUACCAGACUAUGAAGUCUUUCAUCAACUGGGAUGCUAUCAAAGAGCAUCAUGAUUUGGCGCUGAACCCGAGGCACCCCCAUGUGCAGGGAACUUCCCAAGGCCCAGACAUUUUCUUCCAGUGCGUGGAGGCAGGGAACAGGUUCUACGAUGGCCUCGCAGAUCUGUUUGAGCAGAAGGGGAAGAUGGUGCAAGAGAAGACUGGCCUCCACUUUGCCCUCUAUGGCUAUGAGGGCCACCCUGAAGCAAAGCAUGUCAUAGUGGUCAUGGGAAGUGCUGCCGUGACCUGUGGCGAGACGGCUUCGUACCUCGCCAAGAGCAAGGACCAGCGCGUCGGCGUUCUGAAAGUCCGGCUUUUCCGGCCUUGGGAUAACGCCCGCUUCUUGGCCGCGCUGCCACCGACGACAGAACGCAUCUGCGUGCUAGACAGGACCAAGGAGCCGGGCUCCCAAGGUGAGCCCCUGCUCCUGGAGGUGCGCACAACUCUUCAUUCCUCUGCACAUCCUGAGAUCGUGGUGGUUGGCGGCCGCUAUGGCCUUGGCUCCAAGGAGUUCACGCCGAACUGUGUGCUCUCCAUCUUUGAGAAUCUGGCCAAGGACACCCCGAAGCCGCGAUUCACCGUGGGCAUCAACGAUGAUGUGACUAACCUGUCCCUGCCGGUGGGGCCCUGGCUCAACGUGCUUCCGGAGGGUACCACAGAGUGCAUGUUCUACGGGCUUGGUAGCGACGGCACCGUGGGUGCAAACAAGUCUGCAGUCAAGAUGAUCGCACUGGGCACAGAGCUCCACGCACAGGCCUACUUUGAGUAUGACGCCAAGAAGAGCGGCGGGGUGACCAUCAGCCACUUGCGCUUUGGUCCCAAGCCCAUCCAUGCCCCGUACAACGUCCGCGCUGCUGACUACAUGGCCAUCCACAAGCAGAGCUACGUGCAGCAGUAUGAUAUGACGAGGUACUUGAAACCGAAUGCAGUUUGCGUCAUCAACUGCUCCUGGGACGAAAGCGAGCUGGAGGCACAGCUGCCAGCCAAGAUGCGCAAGGACCUCGCAGCCAAGCAGGCCAAGCUCUUUAUCAUCGAUGCCACGAAGAUUGCAGUGAAGGCUGGCCUUGGCAAGCGCAUCAACAUGAUCAUGCAGACCGUCUUCUUCAAGCUCAGCGCCGUGAUGCCCUACGAAGAGGCUGUGGAGAUGUUGAAGAAGAGCAUCAAGAAGAUGUACGGCAAGAAGGGGGACAAAGUGGUGAACAUGAACAUCGCCGGUGUGGAUGCCGCCAUUGAUGGCAUCAUCGCCGUCAAGAUCCCCGCCUCCUGGGGCGACCUGUCAACCGACGAGGAGGCUGCCUCCCGCGCCUCUCGGCAAGUCGCCUACGCCAAGGGCCCGCGCAUGUUCCCGGAGGUGCAGGAUGCGGACCAGUUCGCCAAGCAGGUGCAGACCCCUUGCAACAACCUUGAUGGCAACUCGCUGCCUGUGAGCGCCUUCGUGCCGGGCGGGCGCGUGCCAUGUGGCACCAGCCAGUACGAGAAGCGUGGAAUUGCGAUCAACGUGCCAGUCGUGGACAUGGACAAGUGCACACAGUGCAACAAGUGCAGCCUCAUUUGUCCGCAUGCGGCUGUGCGGCCCUUCUUGAUGACAAACCAGGAUCUAGGCAAGGCCCCUGCGAGCUUCAAGGAGGGCAGCCGUGCUGCAAUCGGCGGCGGUGUGUUGGACAACUACCAGUACCGCAUCCAAGUCUCACCGUGGGACUGCACUGGCUGUGAACUUUGCGUUCGCAUCUGCCCCGCUGACGCACUGGCGCUGAAGCCGGCUGCAGACGUCAUCCAGCAGGAGGAGCCAAACUGGAACUUCGCCAUCACUCUGCCAGACCACGGCGAGGAGAUCGACAAGACAACUGUGAAGGGCUCCCAAUUCCAAAAGCCAUAUUUGGAGUUUAGUGGUGCCUGUGAGGGCUGUGGCGAGACGCCUCAUGUGAAAUUGAUGACUCAGCUGUUCGGAGACAGGCUUGUCAUUGCCAAUGCAACAGGCUGCUCUUCCAUCUGGGGCGGCUCCAACCCGUCCUUCCCAUACACCGUCAACACCAAGGGUGAGGGUCCAGCCUGGGCCAACUCCCUCUUCGAGGACAACGCCGAGUUCGGCUUCGGCAUGCGAAAGGCCUUCAAGCAGCGCCGAGACUACUUGGCCUUGCAGGUCGAGGCUGCCCUGACCGACGAGUCCGUGCCUAUGUCCGAGGAGCUUCGGCAGGCCCUGAAGCAGUACCUGGUCAUGCGCCAGGAGCAGAUGCACGAUCUCCUGCUCCCGCGUGGGCGAAGCAUCUACCACCAGAUCAUGGAGAAGCUGGAGCCCCUUCUGGAGAAGGAGAAGGACGCGCACCCAAAAAUCAAAGCCCUCCAUGACUUGGAGGACAUGUUCGGGCGCAGCAGCUUCUGGAUCGUGGGAGGAGAUGGCUGGGCUUACGACAUCGGCUACGGUGGCCUGGACCACGUGAUUGCCAGUGAGGAGCACGUCAACAUCUUGGUCCUUGACACUGAGAUGUACAGCAACACGGGCGGGCAAGCGUCAAAGGCCACGCCCAAAGGAGCUAUGGCCAAGUUCGCCGAGAGCGGCAAGCUCACCCAGAAGAAGGAUAUGGGGCAGUUGGCCAUGACAUACAAGAACGUCUACGUGGCGAGCAUCUGCGUUCACGUGAACCCUCAGCAGGCAGUGCGGGCCAUGAUCGAGGCGGAUGCUUAUGCAGGACCCAGCAUCAUCUUGGCUUACUCUCCUUGCAUCAGCCAGGGUUUCCCUAUGGCUGAGUCCAUCCAGCACUGUCAGAUGGCAGUGGACUCUGGAUAUUGGCCCCUCUACCGCUACCACCCGGAUCUGGCCAAAAACGGCAACAACCCCUUCCAGCUGGACAGCCGCAAGAUCAAGGGUGACCUCUUCAAGUUCCUGUCUAAGGAGAACCGCUUCGCGGCGGUGAUGCGCCGCGAUCCGAAGCACGCCCAGGAGCUGGACGACAAGCUGCAGGAGAACGUGGUGCAGAAGAAUCACCUUCUGCAGGUCCUGAACAAGGAAGAUUUGGAGGGUCAGUUCAGCAAACUGGUGGAGGGCCUCUCGGAUGCCAAGAGCUCCGGCGACUCCAUCACGGUGCUUUACGGCAGCGAGACUGGCAACUCCGAGGAGCAGGCCAAGAAUCUGAAGCAGGACCUGAAUGCCCGCGGCCUGAAGGCAACGGUGAGCUCUCUGGACGACUUCGAGUUCGAGGAGUUGCCGAAUCAGAAGAUCGUCAUCCUGGUGGUGUCCACUUGCGGUCUCGGUGAAUACCCGGCCAACUCCAAGCAAACCUGGAUGAAGCUGCAGUCUCCCGACCUGCCUAUGACCUGGCUUGCUGGCGUGAAGUUCUGCGUCUUCGGCUUGGGCGACUCGACCUACAGCCAGUUCUGCGUGGCAGCCGUGGGCUUCGACACGCGCCUUGCCGAGCUGGGCGCCCAGCGCAUGCUGAAGCGCGGCGUCGGCGAUGACCGCGACGAAGACCGCUACUACACCGGCUGGGAGGCGUGGCUCCCUGAGCUCUGGAAGGUGCUGGGCGCACCUGCGCUGCCCCUCUCCUCGGAUCCUCCGGCCCCUUGCUACCGAGUGGAUGUGUCUCCGGGAACCGUGGACAAGCCCCCCGUCAAGGAUGACGAUAUCGUGCCGCCAGGUGCCACCAAGCUGGAGCUCUUGUGCAACAAGGUGCUGACAGGUGAUGCUAAGUACGAUCGAGAUAUCAGACACUACGAGUUCAAGAUCGAGGGCACUUCCGUGAGCUACAAGACGGGUGAGAGCCUGGCCAUCUGGCCCCGAAACCCGGUUCCAGCCGCGGAGGAAUUCUGUAGGAUGAUGGGCUUCGAUGCUGGCCAGCAGUUGCGCAUCCUUCCCUUGGAAGGUGCAAGGAACUGGUGUCCCACGGAGCUCAGCGUGCGGCAGCUCUUCACCCACGUGCUGGACAUUUUCGGCAAGCCGAACCGGAAGUUCUUCGAGACCUUGUCGUUCUUCACCAAGGAUGAGGCAGAGAAGAAGCAACUGCAGAGCAUCGUGGAGAACACCGCAGAGGGCUCCGCUCUCUACAGGGACUUAGUCCAUGAUUUCGCCCACCAUGCAGAUGUCUUUAAGAAGUUCUCCAGUGCCCGGCCGCCCAUCGAGCAGCUGCUGCAGAUGAUCCCGGUGCUGAAGCCCAGGAGCUAUUCUAUCGCCAGCUCGCCGCUGAUGCAUCCGGACAGGAUCCAGCUCUGUGUGGUCCUGGUGGACUGGACCGUGGAGACCAGCAAAGAACUCCGGCUCGGCGAGUGCACAGGCUACAUGCAGAAGCAGAAGCCCGGUGCGCAGAUCAUGUGCGCUGUGCGCCAGAGUGCCAUCGUGCUGCCGGAGGACACGACCAAGCCAGUCCUCAUGGCUGGUAUGGGAACUGGUCUGGCCCCAUGGCGUGCUGUGACGCAGGAGCGGGUGAUGCAGAGCCGACAAGGCAGCAAAGUGGGCAAGUGCCUGCUCUUCUUUGGUGCUCGCUACGCAGUUGAAUACCUCUACCGGGAGGAGUUCGAGAGUUACGAAAAGGAGGGUGUCCUGGCCAUGCACACUGCCUUUUCGCGUGAACAGGCACGAAAGAUCUAUGUGCAGCACCGAAUUGUGGAGGCAGGGCAAGAGGUGGCCGAGCUCAUGCUGAAGCAGGGAGGCCACUUCUACGUAUGUGGCUCUGCAAGACAAGUGCCCGAGGACAUUUACACUGCCAUGAAGGAGGUCGUAAUGGCCAACGAGAGAUGUACCGAGGAGGAUGCAGAGGCAACUCUGUCAAACCUGAAGAUGGAGGGCCGCUACACUGUGGAAGCUUGGUCUUGA